GGAGUCAUAAGAAGCAUGAGGUCAAUGCGGAAUUUCGAAACUCGAAUUAAUAGACAAAAUUAAAUGAAAGAUAUCUUCGGAAAAGCUGUCGUCUAUGCUUAAAAGCGGCAAAGUAAUCUAAAUUCAAAACGUUCAUGUGAUUUACGCAUUCAGUACGUAUGUGUGUAAGAUAAGGCACAAAAAUUUACAUCAAAAUUGCAGCAAGAGGAUAAUUUUUAUUGGAAACAUCAUGUACACACUCAGCAAAGGGCGGAGCAAAGUUGUCACCCAGACGCGUCGUGGAUUGCCACAGAAUAUCGAAAAAUUCGAGAGCAUAAAGAAAGAGGUGGUCACCAAAAAGUCUAGUAGCUUCGAUACAAAUAGUUCCGAAAAGCCAAGCAAUAUACCCCGCCCGGUUUUUCACAAGCCAAAAGUUGUUCCAGCCCGAAAGUUAGUUAAAGUUAAAGAUGAUGAGGCCAUGACGCAGCAGCACGAGGAGAUCGUUGAGUUUGUUAGUGACUCCUGGAACGAGUUGGUUGCAGAAAAUGCCAAUAUUGCGUUGUCACUAUCACAAGGCUCCACGGACAACCCUGAGGAGAUGCUACAGGCCGAUCCCAUUCAGAAUAAUGCCAGCGGAUCAGGGGACUGCGUCCAACCCACUGCCGUCGUGUGGAUAGAGCCAUCUAGUGCCGAGUUGAAUGAUUUCAAGCCCUUCAAUUUAGACGACUGGCUGAGUCAGCGUUUAUUCAAUAACAUUACCCAGAAUCUUUAGACGAAACUUUCGCUUCCCUUAAUUGGCUUCGAUAUCCAAAAAAAAAGCAAUCUGAAGACAGUUGUGAUAUCAUCGUAAGAUGAGAGAGUUUGAAGAAAACCAACCUUUAAGAGACUGGAAAAGUACAGGGAAUUCCAAGAUUUACCAAAUGCGCAGGCAAAACUUAGUCAUUUUUCACUUUCUAUUUUAUUGUUUUUAAAGAAUGCUUUUACAUUUAGGAAUCAAUUAUAUAAAUAUAAAUACUGAAUAUUAUUAUUAUAAUAUUACAAAUAAACUGCUCUUCAGAGGAUGUAGCUAAGAGGUAUAAGUUAUUGGAAUUUAUAGCUAAUGAGUCAGUUAAAUCCACACCACAAACCUCUCAACACAACUAAAUACGUCAUUUUAUGGCAACACCCUCUCCUGAUAAGGCAAGCAUAUUCCAGAAUCAACCAAUUGGGAUUGCGUGCGCAAAAUUUGUUUAAAAAAGAUAAGAGUUUGACCCGUCCAACGCUUGAAACUCAUCUAUUUUGCACACGAACUGAUAAGGCCAGACCAAUCGUACUGAAAACAAACAUUUGUCUGCCUCCAAACUUGUGCAAUUUUGCACUCGUUUUACUCGUUUUCUUUCGAUGGAUAUAUAUAUAAGGAACGUGAAUUGUGGAUAGAUCAACAGUUUUGUGCGAAACAAUCAAGUAGAUAACUUUCAAAUUCAAUUUUAAAUCCAAAUUCAUCAUAAUAAUGGUUUGCAAAGGCUGUGGAACAAAUUGCCAGUGCACAGCACAGAAAUGCGGAACAGGUUGCUCCUGCAACAAGGAUUGCAAUUGCGUGUGCAAGAAUGGACCAAAGGACCAAUGCUGCAGCAACAAAUAACUACAAAUUACCUAAGAGUUUCAAUAAAUGUUUGUAAAUUAAUUGGCGUGCAAUGGAAAAACACCUGAAUAGGGAUCCCGGGAGAAGGAAAAUAACCCAAUCUUCAUUCGUUGAAUUCAAAUUAUGA